AUGUCUGAGACGGUAGCGGGCCGCGGGACCGACCCCCAUCCGCUCUUCAACCUGAGGAUCCUCCUGGAACAGGAGCUGUUCACGGACGUUACGGUCAUCGUGGACGGGCACCGCAAAUUUCAGGCCCACAAAGCCAUCCUGGUGGUGUUCAGUGAUUUUUUCCGGACGAUGUUUGACGGGCCCGGCUGGCAGGAGGCGGCCUCUGACGUAGUCUAUCUGCAUGACGACAGCGUCAGUUCUGACGUCACGGGGCGGCUUCUGCAGUACGCGUACGACCCGACCUCUGACCUCGGCCUGACGCGCGAAAAUGUGCUGGAGACACUCGCCGCAGCAGACCAUCUACAGGCACCAGCGGCGCUGAAAAAAUGUUGCGACUUCGUCAAGUCAACCAUCAUGGAAGAAGUGGCGGCCCUGAAGAAAUAUUUCUGGAAGCUGACGGCGUACGCCGAAAAAUACCCGGACUUGUCGGGCUUCCAGGACGAUCUGCUGCACCUCUUCGCGCAGAACUUCUGCUGUAUGAUGGAACUGAAAGACUCCGUUGAACUCGUGAGCGCCGACUGGCUGGGAGCGAUGCUGGAGAGAGACGACUUGUCCGCCCCUAGCGAGUUCGCCGUUCUGGAGGCCGUGCUGCGCUGGGUGCGCCACCUACCGGGGGAGAGGGGGAAGUACACCCCCUCGCUGUUGAGCAACGUGCGGUUCGGGCUGAUCCCGAGGGACAUGUUGACGAGCCCCACCCUGGCUAACGACACCUGUUUCCCCGGGCUGAAGGAGGCGUGUCACACGGCGGUGCAGUACCACUACCUGCCGCAAGAGUUCCGUCCCUCCGUGUCGCUAGAGUACGACCGGCCCAGAGGGGCAUCUAAGGUCCUGUUGGCCUUCAACACGGACCACAGCAGCUUCUGCUACAGCGACAUGGGCAACACGCAGUACUUCGACGUGGACACGCGCCAGUGGGCCACCCUGAAACAGGUCAAGCCGCCCUCCGUCCACCCGGUCGGCAGCUCAGCCGUCUGGGACGGCCGCCUCAUGGUCGUGCGGUGCGGGAACGAGAUCUUCAGCCUGGACCUGGGGAACGAGAGCUGGGAGAAGCUGCCCGACAUGAUCCGGCCGAACCCCGACGCGCAGCUCUGCGUCCACGACGGAUUCUUGUACGCCAUCGGCGCCGACACGAGCGAGAGAUACGAUAGAUCGACAGGACAUUGGCAGUGGAUAGCGCCACUGAGCGAGGCGAGGUCGGGCGUGGCGUUAGUUAGCUACAUGGGUUGUCUGUACGCCGUAGGGGGGACGAAGGACAUGGAGCCGUCCAGCGCUGUUGAGGCGUUUGAUCCGGAGAGAAACAGGUGGGACAUCAAAAGCUCCACGACUAAGUCUCAUCCAAAAACGAUAGCUUUCGUGGCAAACGGAAACAUGUACGUGACGUCCGGGGACUGUGGAUCUGGCAGUGUAGCAGUAGUUGAGGUUUAUUCGUACGGCAACUCGUUUGGAACGUGGUCCAAGGUUGACCAGUCGCUGGUCUCCCCCGGAGCGGUGCAAGCUGGGAGUAAAGUGUUGUUCGUGGUCGGACGGCGCGUUUUUGACGGAGGAGUCCGGCUCCUGCCCGACCAGGUCUUUCCCGCAGACACGUACGGCUGGAGGGAGAUCUGGGAGAAACCUGACGUCUGGCACGAAGUCGUCCUGCUAACCGUGGAAAGAUUUGAGUAA